AUGGUAAUGAUGCGCUACGUGCUGUGUAUCCUCGCUCUCCUGCUCUCAUGUGCGUGUGUGUACGUCCUCGCUGAAGAAGUGCCUGCCGCCGAUCUUUCCGACCAAGUCCCUGAUACGGAGAGUGAGACAAAGAUUCUUCCUCAGUGCACUAAAGGUCCUACUCAUGAUGAUCCUGAAUGUAAGGAAGCUAAACUUGAACAUCAGACAACAUCUGGACUUAAACCGGAUACUCCUAAGUGCAUUCCUGGUGCUUCUGAUUCUUCUAGUAAUUGUACUUCUGCUGCUGUGGAACUUGGACGUGGGGUUGAUGGUUCUUCGGAGUGCAAUUCUGAUACGGCUGAAGGUACUUGUCUUCAUCCUCCUCCUCCUCCUCCUCCUCCUGGACAACAACAACCAGCACAACAAGAAGAACGACAUCAAAGUGAAGGUCAGGAAAGUGCAGAAGAUGGAUCACAUAACGUUGCUCAUUCUGAUGUGCAAGCAAACCAAAAUCGUGUGAGCACAGGUGGUAUCAGUGUACCAGCAGGAAGUGGAGGCCCAGGGAAUACGUCAUCCACAUCAGAAGGAGAGGCAGCAGCACCAACUGAAGGCACAACAUCAUCUGGAGACGGUGGUUCCAAUAAUACCAACACACAAACUCAAUCGGAAAGUACCACUGAAGGUGGUGACAGUAAUACCAGUAAUCAGACUACUACAGCUGCAGGUACAACUGGAACAGAAGGUUCACAGCGGAAUGUCAAUCUUGAUUCAACCACCACCACCACCACAACAACAACAACACUUCCUCCUGAACUCACAAACAACAAGAAGGGUGAUGCAGACAGCAGCAGCAGUAUUAGCAGUUCUGUGUGGGUGCGUGUGCCACUACUGAUUGUGGUUACACUGGCCUGUAUUCUUGUGUGCUGA